AUGUCCAAAGGCAAAGUUUGUCUCGCCUACUCUGGCGGCCUCGAUACCUCAGUCAUCCUCGCUUGGCUAGUGGAACAGAAUUACGAAGUCAUCUGCUACAUUGCCGACGUCGGACAGGAGGAAUCUGAUUGGGCUUCGGUUGAGAAGAAAGCUUUGCAGAUCGGUGCGACAAAAUUGAUCGUCGAUGACUUGAAGCGGGAAUUUGUAGAAGAGUUGUGCUGGAAAGCUGUGCAGUGCAAUGCCGUGCAUGAGAGUCUCUACUUGCUAGGAACUAGCUUGGCUCGGCCAGUUAUUGCUCGAGGCCAGAUGAGGGCUGCUGCCCGAGAAGGGUGUCAAUUCGUAUCCCAUGGCUGUACCGGAAAGGGCAAUGAUCAGGUAAGGUUUGAGCUGACAUUCGCCACGAUCAAUCCCGAGAUACGAUGCAUUACUCCUUGGCGCCUGCCCAAGUUCUACAAGCGAUUUGAGGGUCGAAUCGAUCUUCUUGACGAUGCCGCUGAGAAAGGAAUUCCCGUCUCAUCGACCAAGGCGAAGCCAUUCUCCAUGGAUGACAACUUUGCCCAUUGCUCCUACGAGGCAGGCGUCCUCGAAGACCCAGACGUGACGCCUCCAGAGGACAUGUGGACCAAAACAGUCUCCCCUCUGAAUGCCCCCGAUGCGCCCCUUGAUAUCACGAUUCACUUCGAGAAAGGGACGCCGGUGAAAGUGGUCACUCCGCAGCAGACUGCUACCAAUUCUGUUGAGCUCUUUGGACUGCUCAAUCGAAUCGGCGGGAAACAUGGAGUUGGCCGUAUUGACAUCGUUGAGAACCGAUUUAUCGGGCUCAAGUCUCGUGGAUGCUAUGACUCCCCAGCCAUGACCAUCCUCCGUCUCGCGCACAUCUCCAUCGAGGGGCUUGCCCUCGACGGCCGAGUCAUCUCUUUGCGAAACGCGAUGAGCCAGCAGUGGUCUGAGCUCAUCUAUCAGGGUGCUUACUUUAGCCCCGAGAGGGCAUUUUUGCAACGCAGCGUCUAUGUACUCGGCCGCUCAUCGGAUGAGAAGCUGUACUCCGAGGAGGAUGCUUCGAUGGAUUCUCUUACUACGUUCGAUCCUCUGGAUACGACUGGGUUUAUUACUGUACAAGCUAUUCGCUUAAAGAAGUACGGUAAGCAGAUGGCGGAGGCCGGUGUCAAGUUCUAA